AUGGAAGAAACCGCGCCGCCGCCGCCGGCGAGUCGUAGCCGGAGCAGCCCGUUGGCGGCGGUGCAGAAAGCGAAGCAGAAUCUGGCGCUCGGGUCCAAAUGGGGGGAGCUAAACGGCGCCAUGGGGGAUCUCGGGACCUACAUUCCGAUCGUCCUCGCCAUAACCCUAGCAAAGAACCUGGACCUCGGGACCACCCUCAUAUUCACCGGCGUCUACAAUUUCGUCACCGGAGCAAUCUACGGCGUCCCGAUGCCGGUCCAGCCGAUGAAGUCGAUCGCCGCCGUCGCCAUUUCGAACCCGGCCUUCGAGGUCCCGGAGGUCAUGGCCGCCGGGAUCUGCACCGGCGGGAUACUCUUCGUCCUCGGCGCGACGGGGUUGAUGCGCCUAGCCUACCGGCUGAUUCCGAUCGCCGUCGUCCGGGGGAUCCAGCUGGCGCAGGGGCUGUCCUUCGCCAUGACCGCCGUUAAGUAUAUUAGAGAACUGCAGAGCUUCGGCAAGUCCAAGGCCGCCGGAGAGCGGCCAUGGCUGGGAUUGGAUGGCCUGAUUCUGGCCCUGGUUUGCGCCGGUUUUAUUAUGAUUGUGAACGGCGCCGGCGCCGGCGUCGAAAGCCCCGCCGGAGAGGGUGGGGGUGAGAUUGACUGUGAAAUGGACGGCGGGGAUCGGACGGAUGAGGCGGAUAAGUGGGGGAGAUGGAGGGCUGCGAUUGCAUCGCUUCCAUCGGCGUUCAUUGUGUUCUUGUUAGGUGUGGUAUUGGCUUUUGUAAGGGGGCCGGGGGCCGUUAAGGGGUUCCGAAUCGGGCCGUCGCCGAUAUCGGUAGUAAAGAUUUCGAAGGAUUCAUGGAAGGAGGGGUUUAUCAAGGGGACAAUCCCUCAGCUUCCCCUGUCAAUUUUGAACUCUGUUAUAGCAGUUUGUAAGCUGUCGACCGAUCUUUUUCCCGACAAGGAUGUGUCGGCAACAUCGGUUUCGAUCACCGUGGGGCUGAUGAACCUCAUAGGGUGUUGGUUCGGGGCAAUGCCGAGCUGCCACGGGGCGGGCGGGCUGGCAGGGCAGUACAAGUUUGGGGGGAGGACGGGAGGGUGUGUGGCGAUGCUCGGGGUGGCGAAGUUAGUGUUGGGGUUGGUGUUAGGGAGCUCUUUGGUGAGGAUAUUGGAUCAGUUUCCGGUUGGGGUUUUAGGAGUUCUGCUGCUGUUCGCCGGGAUUGAGUUGGCGAUGUGUUCCCGGGAUAUGAAUUCGAAGGAGGAAUCAUUUGUGAUGUUGAUCUGCGCUGCGGUUUCGCUCGUGGGAUCGAGCGCGGCGCUCGGGUUUCUAUGUGGGAUGGUUGUGUAUUUGCUGGUGAGGAUGAGGAGAGUUGGGAGAGGUCAAUCUUGGUCAUCUUUGUGGUUUAGUAGCAACACUUAGAGGGUGCAGAGUUUUAUCAAUUGUAUGGUAUGUGGCAUAAAGAAGCUUUUAGCUUUUUGUUGAUGUUAAAAAAACUCUUGUCGUUA